UUUAUGUUUGUUUCUUGCUUCUAUUUUUUUCUUUUUUUUAAAGGCUUCAAUUACCCUUCCACAUCAAAAGUAACCAAGGAAGUAGCUAGAACCAGAAGAAAUGACGACAGCAAUGGCAAUCAUUGAUGCUGCUUGUAUCUUUGUAAAUGACAAGUCUAGUCCAGUGGUUCUUGCUCCUGGGGCAGUGGCAGUUUCUGUUCUUGAUUCUACUUUCUAGCUACAAGACUCAAAAUGACAGUUGGGGCUGGGAUAUCUGUGAGUGAUGGGAAGUUGACGGUGUAUGGGAACUGCAUCUUGCGUGAUGUUCAUGACUAUGUAGUGAUAACACCAGCCUCAUCAGGCUUAGGGGAUGCACUGAUCAAUGGGGCUUUCAUUGGAGUCAGAUCAGAUCAGAAGGGAAGCAGAAGAGUCUUUCCUGUUGGAAAGCUUGAGGAGUUGCGUUUCAUGUGUCUCUUCCGGCACAAAUUCUGGUGGAUGACUCAAUGGAUGGGUGCAUCUGGCAAAGAUAUCCCCUUUGAGACCCAAUUCCUAGUUGUUGAAGUAUGUGAUGACACUCAUCUUGAUGAGGGAAGUAAAGAUGAAGCCGAACAAUCAAUAACGUAUGCAGUUUUCUUGCCAAUUCUUGAAGGUGAUUUCAGGGCUGUUCUUCAAGGGAAUGAACAAAAUGAGAUGGAAAUCUGCUUGGAAAGUGGAGAUCCUACUGUUGAUAAAUUUGAGGGCAGUCAUUUGGUUUUCGUUGCAGCUGGAUCAGACCCUUAUGAUGUUAUCACCAACUCAGUGAAGACAGUUGAGAAAUAUUUGCAAACCUUUUCUCACAGAGAGAAAAAGAAGAUGCCAGACAUUCUCAACUGGUUUGGCUGGUGUACAUGGGAUGCUUUUUAUACUAAUGUCACUGCUGAGGGUCUGAAGCAAGGAUUAGACAGCUUGGAGAAAGGUGGAACUCCUCCCAAGUUUGUUAUAAUUGACGAUGGAUGGCAAUCAGUUGGUAUGGAUCCCACUGGCAUCGAAUUCAGAUCUGAUUACACAGCAAACUUUGCAGACAGAUUAAUACACAUCAAAGAGAACCAUAAAUUUCAGAAGAAUGGCAAAGAAGGUCACAGGGUAGAUGAUCCAGCAUUGGGACUUCGCUAUGUUGUCAGUGAAAUGAAAGAAAGACACCCUUUGAAGUAUGUUUAUGUAUGGCAUGCAAUAACCGGGUACUGGGGAGGAGUUAAACCUGGUAUUACCGAAAUGGAACGCUAUGAACCCAAAUUAGUACAUCCUAUUUCAUCUCCCGGGGUUCAGUCCAAUGAUUAUUGUGAAGUUUUGCAGUCCAUCACAAUGAAUGGUGUUGGCCUAGUGAAUCCAGAGAAAAUUUUUGACUUCUAUAAUGACCUUCAUUCGUAUCUGGCAUCUGCUGGUAUUGAUGGUGUCAAAGUUGAUGCUCAAAGCAUUGUUGAAACUCUUGGGGCAGGCCAUGGUGGAAGAGUAAAACUCACUAGAAAAUUCUAUCAGGCAUUAGAGGCUUCGAUAUCUAGCAACUUCCAUGACAAUGGAAUUAUUGCUUGUAUGAGUCACAACACUGACAGCUUAUAUAGUGCAAAGAGCACGGCUGUUAUGAGGGCUUCAGAUGAUUUCUUCCCAAGAGAUCCCGCCUCUCAUACAAUUCAUAUUGCAUCAGUUGCUUAUAAUACCAUCUUCAUUGGGGAGUUUAUGCAGCCAGACUGGGACAUGUUUCAUAGCCUACAUCCAAUGGCUGAAUACCAUGGAGCUGCUCGUGCUGUGGGAGGAUGUGCUAUUUAUGUCAGUGACAAACCUGGACAGCAUGACUUCAAUCUGUUGAAGAAGCUUGUACUUCCUGAUGGUUCUGUGUUGAGGGCUAAACUUCCUGGAAGACCAACAAGAGACUGCUUAUUUUCUGAUCCUGUCAGAGAUGGGAAAAGUCUUCUGAAAAUAUGGAAUCUGAAUGAUUUUACUGGAGUCAUCGGGGUAUUCAACUGCCAGGGAGCUGGUUGGUGUGGGGUUAGAAAAAAGAUGGUUAGCCUUGACGAACAACCUGGUAUAAUCACAGGCUUUGUGAGGGCUAGAGAUGUUAACUAUCUUCCUCAAGUAGCUGAAAAUGGGUGGACUGGGGAUAACAUCUUAUAUUCACAUCGUGGUGGAGAGGUGCGUUAUCUUCCAAAGAAUGCAUCCAUGUCAGUUACACUAAGGCCUCGAGAAUACGAGGUUUUUACUGUUGUUCCUGUUAAGGCCCUGUCCAAUGGGGCUAAGUUCGCUCCCAUAGGUCUAAUGAAGAUGGUCAAUUCAGGAGGGGCCAUCAAGGAGUUGAAAUAUGAAUAUGAGAAAACUACAACUAUUAGCUUGAAAGUUCGAGGCUGUGGCCUGUUUGGAGCCUUCUCAUCCACUCAACCCCAGAGAAUAAUGGUUGAUUCUCAGGAAGUGGAAUUUGAAUAUGAAGGAGGAUGCGGUUUGGUUACUAUUGCUUUAAGAGUCCACGAGGAAGGGCAGUACCUUUGGAACAUUGUCAUUGAGCUAUGAAGACUGAAAAUUUUGUGCAGCUGUAGGGAGACUGAUAAUGCUAAUGCUGCUAAACUAUUAGCUAUUACAUAGAGAACCCUCUUGUUGAACAAGUUAAAGGAAAUGCAUAACAAGGGUGACUAGAUAAGAUUCAAGGGAAAAUUAUAAAGUGCUCUGCUACUUAGCUACUACCUGAACCUUUCACAGAAAACUCUUUUAAUGGAGUACUAGUCAUAUUUUAUGUUAAUUAUCUACGAAUAUGUGUCAAAAAAGAAUAUAACUCUACGUGAAGACUGCUACCCAUAGGUCAUAUUCAAUGCUAGCUGGAGCCUUGAGAGUUGGGACCAAUAUGAUACCAGGAAAACACUCGGUACCUUCAUGCUUUUCGUCUCUGAUACUGUAAUCACAUAAUUUUAGUCAAUGAAAGAUAGCUCAACCGUGUCAUGGACGACAAAA